UCCGGCACGCCAGCGGGCGUGGUGACGUCAGGUGUUGUCAUGUCAGUGUCGUGCCGCUGAGUGUUUGGAGUAGAGCAGCUUGUGUCCGGAGCUGCAGCGGUUGCUUGCGUGGUUUUAACCCAGUUUCUGACUCCUGCCGAGCGGACAACUCCUCCUGCACACCUCAUGAGCCGGCCGGACACUUUACCGACUCUUAAUACCGACCAGACGGCAGCCGGCAGCUCACUUAGCUCUGAGGCUAGCUGGCUAACGGUCGAGCUAGCAGCUUAGCUGGCUCCACCGGCUGAGUUCAGGUCGCAUGGCGUCUCCAUUCAAGAUCCCGAAGAAGAAACAGCCUGCAGGUUCGGACUCCGCCCGCCUGCACCUGCAGUCCCCACUGUCCCGCCUCCAGAGCUCCGCCCCUCAAUUUAAGGCGAGUAAUGUGGACCAGUACAGCAGAGCUGCAGCUGACAGAAUGCAUGCUGGGAACAUGCUCAGCUCCUCAACAAACAGACAGAGCACGCCGUGCAAGCCUUUCUUCAGAGACGUCGUCAAAACGCUGCUGGGACUUAACAGCCCAAACGAAGGAGUGUCAGCAGCCAAUCACAGAACAGCCGGACGCUUGAGCAGCCAGUCACAGCCAGGACAGAGAGCUGAGUCGUCCUCGGCCUGUUUUUCCAACAGAUGGCGCCCAAAGAGAGCGUCAGACCGGCUGCUGAAGUCCGACGUAUCCUCCGAGCCUCCAUCUCCACCACAGAAGAAGAAAAGUGACCUGAGUGGUUCGUUCGGGUCGACCAGAAGAAUCUCUGUGGACUCUCUGGACUCUCUGGACUCUCUGGCGGAACUGCGAGCAAAAGAGCAUGCUGGGAGUUUGAGUUCAUUGACGGCGGGACGAGAAACGUGGAGGAGAGGGGAGUCCGGCGGGGACGCUGCUGAGAGGAAGAGCGAUGCAGGAAACCCUCCUGAACCUUCGUCUUCAGAGGACAAAUUCCUGUCGCCGCCCAGACCCAGAAACAAACCGUCGGAUCAUAAACCUGAACCCAAAGAGCCCCACAGACCCUCCGUGACGCCCGGUGGCAGGCAGAGCCUCGACAGGACAGCGUGGCUAGCUGCCGGCAGAAACCUGAGGGACGACCUGAGGGAAGAGGAGAGGCAGAGGUGGAGGGAGUUCAGGAAGAACAACACGUCCAACAGAUCGGCCGUCCUGCGGCUCCGACUGAAGAAACCCAAACAAACACCGGCAGACACCGAACCGAUCGUGCUGUCGAGUGAAGAGGAGGAGGAGGAGGAGGAGGAGGAGAGUGAUGGAGAGGGAGGAAGCAGCAGCUGGGUGGAGGGACCCCGUCCAGGAAGCUCAGUGCAGAUACAGGUACAGGCUCAACAGGCUUGUUCUUCCAAAGGUGAAACAGGUGGAUGUGAGCUGCCACCACCUUCCUACAUGGAGCUGGAGUUUGUCUCGUUUCACGCCGGCCUGACUCAGGCUGAUGCCAACGGGAAGAUGUUGAUCACUGAGAACGGCAUCACGGUUCCUCUGAAAGGAGCUGAGGAGGGGGAGGUCACCGUGGUGGCAUCUCAGGUCCGGGGUUACGGCGUGUGGGAUGGGGGCGUGGCUCAGGGCGGGGCUCUGUUGGCUAGUUGGGAAGGCCACGCCCCCUCGCUGCUCUUCCUGUGGGUGACCGAUGCUCAGGCCAACCUGCUGCAGAUGGAGCUUUCCGCCAUUCAGACCUCCAACUCUGCCUCAGGGCCUUCGUGCUCCUUCCUCCUGCUGGUGUUGACGGAGCAGCUGCAGGAGCUGCAGACCGCCCUGCUGGCCUCCAUCUUGGACAUGGAGGAAUACAGGAAGGGCUCCUCCUCCUCCAGCGGGCCCACCUCCCCUCUGGACUGGACCGACGGGCUGCUGCUCCUUCACAGCUGUCCUCCUCCUCUGGACCAGCACCUCCUCAGACUGCUGGGAUGCUCCACGCAGAAAUCCAGUCCGUUGAGAAACGACCAGAGAAAGAAGAACCUGAGUUCUUCGGGUCUGCAGCAGCUUCCCACCAGAUUGAUUCAGUAUCCGCUGGCGCCCUGUAAAGGCCGGAUCGCCGUGACCAAGGAGGACCUGGCUUGUCUGGAUGGCGGCGAGUUCCUCAACGACGUCAUAAUCGACUUCUACCUCAAGUAUCUCCUCCUGGAGGGUGUCGGCGGCUCGGUGGCUGAGCGGAGUCACGUCUUCAGCAGCUUCUUCUACAAACAGCUGAGCAGACGUAGAGCCGCUGGAGAGAACGACGCCCCGUCCGUCCCUGAUCGUCACAUGAGGCACCAGAGGGUAAAGACCUGGACCCGCCAUGUUGACAUCUUCACCAAAGACUUCCUGUUUGUGCCUGUCAAUCAAGAGGCUCACUGGUUCCUGGUGCUGGUUUGUUUCCCGGGACUGGAGGAGGUUCAGUACGAGGAGUUUCACAGCCCCACAGGUGGAUCAGAGCGAGCUGCAGGAAAACCUUCCCUGAGAUCACAGCAGCCACCGGAGUGCCUUCAGCAGGGCUGUCACAGGGACACGGUGGUAAAGAGGCCGUGCAUCCUGGUCAUGGACUCACUGAAGCUGUCAUACCACGAGAACGUCUGCAGACUCCUCAGAGACUACCUGCAGGUGGAGUGGGCAGUCCGGAGGGGGACGUCCCGUCUGUUCACGUCCGACACCAUGAGGAGCUCCAACUGCCGCGUUCCCCAGCAGGACAACAGCAGCGACUGUGGGGUUUACCUGCUGCAGUACGCCGAGAGCUUCCUGCAGAACCCCGUGGUGCACUUUGACCUUCCGUUGCGUUUGGAACACUGGUUUCCUCGGCAACGUGUUCGACAGAAGCGCGAGGAGAUCCGAAGUCUGAUAAUGAGGCUGCACCAGAGUCAGAAGAAAGAGAAGUGAAGGCGGGCCGGGCCGGGCCGAUAACUCACCUGUGCAAUAAAUAAUUUAUAGUUUUUCUAUGUUGUUAAAAUGUUUUUACUUUGUCGUCAAAUUAUUUAAAAUGUUACGACAAUAAAAUUUCCUACAAACGUU